UUGAUAUUGCUUUUGUUUUGCAACUUUUGGCCGUUAGGUUCCUGCAUACAUUGAGUUGUGAAGUUUUUGAGUGUUUGGUUUGAGUUACUUGAUGGAGAAGUUGACUGAUUUACAGCUCAUUGAGUUGAGCAAAGCCAAUUUGCGAAGAACUAUGAAUGAGAUUCAAGAUCGUGCCUCCUCCAUUCUUUUACUUAAUCUUCGAUGGGAAGAUAUGGAAAGCGUUUUGGAUUCUGCUCAGAAUUCUGUUGAACAACGACUCAAAGAAGUCAAAUCAAAAGAAGAUGAGAUUGAAAGAAAGGAGAAAUCAGUUAAAGACCAGUUUGAAGAGCUUAACAUUAAAGAGGAGGAAUUAAGAAGGCAAUUUGGGGAGUUGGAGUUGGGUAAGAAGUAUUACGAAGAAAGUAUGAGAGAAGUUGUGUUGAAGCAGAAGCAACUUGAAGGGCUUAAAUUAAAGGAGGAAGAGUUUGUGUUGAAGGAGAAAGAUUUUGAGGAGCGUUGUAGGGAUUUUGAGUUAGAGAAGAAGGAUCUUGAACGGCAUAGUAAAGACCUUGAAUUUAGUGUAAAACAAUGUGAAGAGCAACUUAAGGAGGCUAAAUUGAUGGAGAAAAUGGUAAAAAACAAGUGGGAGGAGGUUGGGUUGAAAGAAAAAGAUUUGGAAAAUUGCUUGAGAGACUACGAGUUGAAAGAAGAGCAAUUUGGACUGAAAGAGAAGGAUUUGGAGAAGUGCUUGCUAGAGUAUGAGUUGAAAGAACAACAAUUUGUGUUGAAAGAGAAAGAUUUGGAGAAGGGUUUGAGAGAGUAUGAGUCGAAAGAAGAGCAAUUUGGGGUGAAAGAGGAGAGUUUUCGGAAGCGGUGUGUGGAGUUUGAGUUGGAAGAAAAGGCUUUGGAAGAACGCCGUAGAGAUCUUGAACUUUGUAUUAAAAAAUGUGAGCAGCAGCGUAGAGAGGUUAAGUUGAUGGAGAAAAUGGCAAAAGAUCAGUUGGAGGAAGUUCGGUUGAAAGAGAAAGAAUUGGACAAAUGCUUGAGAGAGUAUGAGUUGAAAGAGGAACAAUUUAGGCUGAAAGAGGCGGAUUUUGAGAAGCGAUGUAUGGAGUUUGAGUCGGAAGAAAAGGCUUUGGAAGAACGUCGUAGAUAUCUUGACUUUAAUGUAAAACAAUGUGAGCAGCAAUGGAAAAAAUUGGACAACUGCAUGAGAGAUUAUGAGUUGAAAGAACAGAAAUUUGGGUUGAAAGAGGAGAGUUUUCAGAAGCGGUAUAUGGAGUUUGAGUUGGAAGAAAAGGCUUUGGGAGAACGUCGUAGAGAUUUUGAGUUUAGUGUAAAGCAAUGUGAGCAGCAAUGUAAAGAGGUGAAGUUGACAGAGAUAUCAGUAAAAGAUAGGUUGGAGGAAGUUGGGUUGAAAGAGAAAGAUUUGAAGAAGAACUUGAGAGAGUAUGAGUUGAAAAAAGAGCAAAUUAGGCUGAAAGAGGAGGACUUUGAGAAGCGAUGUCUGGAGUUUGAGUCGGAAAAAAAGGAUUUGGCAGAACGUCGUACAUAUCUUGAAUUUAAUGUAAAACAAGGUGAGCAGCAAUGGAAAAAACUGGACAACUGUUUGAGAGAUUAUGAGUUGAAAGAACAAAAAUUUGGGUUGAAAGAGAAAGAUUUGGAGAAGGGUUUGCGGGAGUAUGAGUUGAAAGAGGAGAGUUUUCGGAAGCGGUAUAUGGAGUUUGAGUUGGAAGAAAAGGCUUUGGAAGAACGUGGUAGACAUUUUGAGUCUAGUGUAAAGCAAUAUGAGCAGCAAUUUAAAGAGGUGAAGUUGACAGAGAAAUCAUUAAAAAAUAAGUUGGAGGAAGUAGCGUUGAAAGAGAAAGAUUUGGAGAAGUGCUUGGGAGAGUAUGAGUUGAAAAAAGAGCAAUUUAGACUGAAAGAGGAGGGCUUUACGAAGCGAUUUAUGGAGUUUGAGUCGGAAGAGAAGGCUUUCAAAGAACGUUGUAGAGAUCUUGAAGUGGCAGAAUCAGGGGUGCAAAAGCAGUUAGAGAAUAUUAGAAGGAAAGAGGAAGAUUUUGGUUUUAAAGAGAGGGAUCUUGCGUGGCGUUGUAGAGAUGUUGUGUUGUUGGAGAAUUGUCUUGAAAAAGGUCUUAAAGAUCUAGAAUUGAAGUCUGAGCAAUGUGAAGUGAAGUUCAGAGAAAUUAAGUUAAUGGAAGAAUCAAUAACAACCCAGUUUGAGGAGCUUAAGGAGAAAGAAGAGCAAUUUAGAUUGAAAAUUUGUAAUUUUGAGGAGCGUUCUAGAAAUUUGAAAAUGCAGGAGACAUCUCUUGAAAAGGGUCAUCAAGAUCUUGAAGCAAAACAGAAACACAAUGAAAAGUUCUUGAGAGAAAUCAAAUUGAAAGAGGAGGAGAUUGAAGAAUUAUCAGCAGACCAUAGAAGAAAGUAUGAGCAACAGUCCAUCGAGCUUGAGUUCAAUGUUAAAAAGUGUGAGCAGCGGGUCAUAGAUCUUGAUUUAAAGGAGAAGAAACUUGUGGAAUGGUCUAAAGAACUUGAAGGCAAGAGUCUUGAUUUCGGCCUGCAUCCUCAAGUGAAAAAUGAAUCAGCAGGUAGUUCGUCAGUUAAAUGUUCCAUAAAUCAUUCUUCACCAGCACAUCUUUGGUUUUGCAUAUAUAUGGAUGGAAAGGAUUUGCAGAUGUUCCUAAAUGAGCGCUGGAAAGAGCAUGGUUCUAUAGGUCCUGAAGUUGCUAUGGCUCUUCAACUUGCAGCAGAUCCUGCACAGCUUGUCUUGGAUGCAAUGGAGGGGUUUUACCCUCCACAUUUGUGCAAGGGAGACAGGGAGUUCGAAGGGAAUGUUGCCAGAAGAAGUUGCAUCCUCUUGUUAGAGCAAUUGAUGAAACUCUCACCUGUAGUUAAGCCUCAUGUUAGAAAAGCAGCUUUGAAGCUUGCCUUUGACUGGAUGGCAAAAAUGAGAGAUGAAUCUGGUCAUGAAUUGGAGGCUUUGGGAUUUCUGCGGCUUUUAGCUUCUUUCCAAUUGGCAGAUGCUUUUGAUGCUGACGAGCUUAUCAACAUUUUGGUGUUUGUUGCUCAACAUAUUCAAACUACUGAACUAUUCAAGGUUCUUGGUCUGGGAGAUAAGAUCACCGGUUUCAUAAGAAAACUUGUGGGAAAGAAGCAGCAUAUGGAGGCAAUUAGAUUUAUUUAUGCUUUUGAACAGGUUAAUGAGUUCCCCCCGGUACCUGUGUUGAAAGAUUUCUUGAAUCAUUCUAAGACUGAAGCUAGAAGAAUUUUGCUAAAAGGAAAAAAGGCCCCUUCAGCACGGCAUGAGGCAAGCACCAAAAGAAUAGCUGAUCUUAGGGCUGUUAUCAAAUGCAUUGAAGAUCAUAAUCUUGAAUCCGAGUACCAACCUCAUAGCCUUAAGAACCUUAAGGAUUUACUUGUCUCUCUUGAAAAAAUAAAUGCAAGUGGAAAUCUUACCUCCCCAGAAGCUAACCCUGCCCCUUGCACUGCUCACAAGAGGGAGACCCCAUCACAUGAACAUGUUGGUGUUAAGCGAGAACGAGAGGUCAUAGCUACAGAAAUUGCUGGAAAUGCCCCUCUUGGUGCCACGACCAAUGUUUCCUCCAGGAAAAUGCCUCCUAAUCAUCCAAAAUGGUCAAAAACAGAUUUGCAUACAAACCCCAAUCGUAAGGCUGUUUCAGAUAAUUAUUCUUGGGAAGCUCUUGCAAGACCUAGUGAUCAGGUCGGUAGCUAGCCUUCAGUAUGCGGUAGGGAUGGCAGCAAGUGACGACCCUUGGUUCAGUUUGUAUAUACUUCUUGAGUUUUAGUCUCAUUUUAGUAUUUUUCACUCGUGUUCUAGUAUCUAUGGAAUGGUAAGUUAUUGUUCUAAUUCCUCCAGUAUAUACAUUUCUUUAGAGUGCAGUCCCAUCUAAGAACAAAUUAUAAUUUAAAUAUAACAAGGUUGAAACAUUUCUUUGAUGUCAA